CAGGAGGAUGUUUGCUCACCCCCCGUCUCGAGGCAGACGAGCCCGGCCACCGGCCCAAGCAGCGACAGCGCAGGAAACCCCGGGUUUUAUUCUCCCAAGCUCAGGUGUUGGAACUGGAGCGGCGAUUUAAGCAACAGAAAUACCUCUCUGCUCCGGAAAGGGAACACCUCGCCAGCGUGCUCCAGCUCACCUCCACACAAGUGAAAAUCUGGUUCCAAAACCGGAGGUACAAGUGCAAGAGGCAAAGGCAGGAUAAAUCCCUGGAGCUGGCUGCCCACCCGCUGUCCCCACGGAGGGUGGCCGUGCCCGUGCUGGUCAGGGACGGCAAACCCUGCGUUGGAGGGUCCCCCCAGCCGUACCCAGCCCCGUACGGCAUCACUGCCAGCCCUUACUCCUAUAGCUCUUACUACAGUGCCUAUAGCAGCAGCCCCUAUGGUGCUAGCUACAGGGGGGGCUAUGCUGGGGUACCCCCCAGUGCCACUCCCACCGUGAACGGGAGCUUGGGCAUGGCCAGCGCUGCUCAGCACCAGCCCAUCCGCUUGCAAGCCGCUGUGCCAGCAGGGAUCAGGGCUUG